AACGUGUGCGAGACAUUAAAAAGUAAAAUUUUUAAGGAAAAAAUUGAAAAUUGAGCAAAAAAGAAUGCAAGACAAACGAAAACCCUUUAAGAAAAAGGGUAAAUUCCAACCGGCGUUCAAGAAAAAGAAGUCACAGAGCAGUUUAGAGGACGAAGAGAUAAAAAAUUUGCGUGCAAAAUACGACAACGUUGAUUUGACCAAAGUAAAAACCUUUGCUGACUUGCCGCUGUCCAAAAAAACGCUAAAAGGUUUAAAGGAGUCAAAUUACACAAUUCCCACGGAAAUUCAAAAACAGGCCAUUCCAAACUCCCUGCUCGGCAAAGAUAUCUUGGGAGCCGCCAUCACAGGCAGCGGAAAAACCUUAGCGUUCCUAAUUCCCGUCAUCGAACGACUUUUUAUGCAAAAAUGGACCCGCAUGGAUGGCGUCGGAGCAAUUAUCAUCUCUCCCACGCGCGAAUUAGCCCAUCAAAUCUUCGAAACACUUCGAAAAAUCGGGCGAUAUCACGAUUUUUCGGCAGGUCUCAUCAUCGGAGGGCGAAAUUUGAAGUUCGAAAGCGGUAGAAUGGAUCAAAUGAACAUUCUGAUUUGCACUCCGGGGCGUUUGCUACAACAUAUGGACGAAAAUUCCCUUUUUAAUUGCACUUCCAUGCAAAUUUUAGUGUUAGAUGAGGCUGACAGAUGCUUGGAUCUGGGUUUUUCUCAAACAAUGAACUCAAUUAUCGAGAAUUUGCCGCCCGGGAGACAAACUUUGCUGUUUUCGGCGACACAAACGAAAGAUGUGAAGGAUUUGGCACGCCUGAGUCUUGUCAGUCCCGUUUAUGUAGCACCGCAUGAGCAAUCAGAGUUUAGUACGCCGAUGAGUUUGCAGCAAAAUUACGUCGUGAUGGAGUUGGAAGACAAAAUUGCGAUGUUAUGGUCGUUUUUGAAGAAUCAUCCACGUCAAAAAAUCUUAGUUUUUAUGGCGACAUGCAAACAAGUGAAGUACGUUUAUGAAAUUUUUCAAAAAUUAAGGACUUCGCAUCAAUUAUUCGCGCUGUACGGGACUUUGUCGCAACAUCGACGCACAAAUAUCUACGAAGAAUUCGUGCGGAAGACAAAUGUUUGCUUAUUUGCGACCGAUAUUGCGUCUCGUGGUUUGGAUUUUCCCGUCGUUAAUUGGGUUGUGCAGUUAGAUUGCCCCGAAGAUGCCAAAGCGUACAUCCAUCGAGCCGGUAGAACAGCUCGUCAUACCGCAAAAGGUGAAAAUUUGCUCGUUUUGACACCAAGUGAAGAGGAACCCAUGCUGGAAGAGUUAAAAGCAGCGAAAAUUCCAAUAAAUCGCAUCUCGAUCGACCAAAAGAGACUUUUUAAUCCGCGAGCGAAGAUGGAAGCAUAUCUCGCCGCAAAUACGGAACUCAAGGAAUCAGCUCAACGGGCUUUCGUGAAUUAUUUCAAGUCGAUCGCUUUGAUGAAAAACAAGAAAAUUUUCAAAGUCGAGUCUAUUGAUCCGGAUAGUUUCGCCAGAUCUCUUGGUUUGAUGAUUACGCCUCGUGUACGAUUCCUGCAACGACUGAAGAAGCUGAAAAAGGGAAAUAACGAAGAAUCUGACGACGAAGAGGACGAAAAAAGUGAUCGUCGUGCCAAAAAUGGACGACAAGAAGCUCCGUCACUCAACAAAAUCAUGUCCUUUGACUCAGAUUCGGGCUCGGAAGACGACUUGAUCACCGUAAAAAGAACAAAUCACGAGAUCGAGAACGAAUUGGAUGACGACGAGACGCCUUUGGUUGACUUACAUGCGACGAAACAAAAGAAAGCUGUCACAAAAGCAGCUUUGGCGAAGAAAAUUCAGAAGAAACAAAUUAUUCCGAACCGAAAAACGCUCUUUGAUGAUGACGGCAACAUGAUAACGAACACUUCGAAGGUACUCCAGUCGGAAAUGGCGCGCGAAUAUGAAAAUGACAACGAAGCAGGCAUCAAUAUCGAAAAAGCGCGACGUUUGUUGCAAGAAGAAGACAAAUUCGAUAAGCAACGUUUCAAGGAAUUAAUCCAGAAAAAACACAAAGAAAUCAAGAAAAAGGCGAAAUUGGCUGAAAAAGACGACGACGACGAUCAACAGGAACAAGAUGACUUUGGAACAGACUCGGAAGAGGACCAACCGGAUCUCUCAUGGUUGCCAGAUCCCGAUAAAGUCUACAAGGGACGUCAUUCAACGUUCGAAAGUGACGAGGAAUUCGAUGCAAGAGUCGCCACAGGCAGUAGCAGUGAAGAAUCUUCCGACGAAGAACCAAUCGAGGCAAUUCACAAACCACCCACGAAGCUUGUCACGAAAAAAGUCGGCAAAAAACGUCAAUUGGAAGACGAUUCGGAAAGUGAUUCAGCUCCUCCAGUUGAAAACGAUUCCAAAAAAUCCAAGAAAAAGCCCAAAACGAAGGAAAUUGUCGAGAAUUUGUCUCUCAACGAGGCUGAACAACUCGCCAUGCAACUUUUGGGAUAA